AUGGGUGCUGGCAGCUCCCCUGACCUCAGGUUUCCCACCUGUGGAAUGGGCACAGAGGAGGACAGCACCUUGUUCCAUGUGUUAGAUGCACCCACCUUAAUGCCACCACCACCGGACUGCACUGACUUUAAUUUCCCUCUUGGUGAGGAGGUGGCCUUUGGGCCCUGCACUCUGCAGCUGGAGAGCAGCAUGCUGGCACAGGUGCCCCCGCAGUGCCUGCCUUCCCCUGAGCUGAGCUGGAGGGACCAGGCAGACCAGCACCAGAAAGCACUGGGAGAUGCCAUGGAGGCAAACAGCCAGCUGCAGGAGACUCUCAUACAGAGGCAGGAGGAGCUGGCAACACUGCGGGAGAGGAACGUGCAGCUGAAGGAGCUGGCAAGUCAGGCCAGGCAGCUGGCCUCUGUCCUUGACACGCUGAUGUUCCCGCAAAGCGCCGACGGGGCGACCCUUCCUCCUUCUCCUCUUCAUCCUCCACGUCCUCCCGCCGUCGCUGCUCCGACCGGCACCGGGCGGGCGGAUGCGGAGGGCGUGGACGCGAUGCUGCGGGCGGUGUCGGAGAAGUGCCGCGCCGCCCUGCGGAGCCUGGGGGGCAGCCCAGGGAAGAGCUCGGGGGGCAGCCCCGGGGGCAGCCCCACGGCCAAGCGCCCGCGCCCGGCCCCGCGUCUGCACGGCGCGUUCCGCGGGCUGCGCACCGGCCACGCCGCCCCACGCCCGGGCGGCGGGGACAUGGAGGGGGGCGGCAGCCUGCGAGCACAGCUGGGAGAGGCGGGAGCCAUCCGUACCCUGGCCUUCCCGCAGGGAAACGCCUUCACUCUCCGCACCGCCGCCGGCGGGCACCGCUUCCGAUGGGUGCCGCGCUGAGACCUUCGCGGCCCCGGGCACGCGUGUCCCGGGCGGGCCGGAGCGGGACCUGCCCCACCGUGAGGCUGGCAGCGCUCCCCACCCGGCGGCACGCUUCCCGUUUUCCCUUGGAAAAGGGGUAUUCACGCUGGAGGAGCGAUGUGACGAGCGCGGCAGAGGCCACCGCACCCCAACGAGAGCCCCGCGCCGCGAGCCCGACCGGCCCAGGCUCUGUGCGCGGAGCCGCCGUGGCUCUAGAGUUGGCAGCUCGCCCUCAGUAGCUUGCUAAUGAAUGUAAUGAAUGUAGAAAUUAAACGAAGUUCUGCCCGGUUUUAUCCAGAGGUUUUACUCGGGCAGACAGGCGCAGCCGACAGUCCAGUGGCCGGAGUUGGCCAGUGUGAAAGCAGACUGAUCGUCCCAGGUCGUUAAACAUGAUGCACCUGCCCCAUCGUGGAAUUUUGCACGCACAGUGUUUACAAAUUGCACUUGUAUCGUUCAUGUGUGCAACUGUAUGUGUAUAUUUGCACUAGGUGUGAUGAUUAAAUACUGCUUAAAAUUGCCAUGUAUUUGUACAGAUUUAAUGUAAACAGUUUUACUUCAUGUAUACUUAUUUACUUGUAUUAGAGCAAGGAUAACAGAAAGCAGAAACUUUUAGAAUAAAACAUGCUGCUUUUAACAUUCAGUGGUACUAAUUGAAGUAAAGAGAAGUGUAAAAAAUAAUAUUAAACUGUUCUGAAUGGAUACAUUUCAUUUUCACCCUCUGGUUUGAAAGCUGAACCACUGACAACACAUGUGAAAUAGUACCUGCAGUGUAUUUUUCAGUGGCACAUGAGUGAAGGCACUGUGCUUCACCCAGGGUAGAGAUUUUCUCUCUGUGAAGUUAUUGGUUUUUCAAUACUCAGAUUUUCCAGUAUUCUUGCAGAGGUCUGUGCACAUUAACAGCAGUCCAAGUGUGAGAGGCUUGUGUGAUAGUAAAGGUGACAGCACAUUGUCACCUCAGUAGAUUUCUUAAAGCAAUUGUAUAUACUCUUGCGCUUUUGGCAGCAGAGACUGUAUUCAGAAGGAGAAUAGUUGUUGUUGUCAGCAUGACAUAUGGCUUCUAGGAAGCUGCAGAGGUGGGUAUUCAGUACCUGUAGUCCUUUAUGUCUGCAGCACUGACAUCUUCUAUAGGAUUUGUGCUGAAGCCCUGUCUGGGAUGCUAAGGGCUCAACCCUGGAUGACUCCAGAGACAUUUAUAUUUCUGCAGAAGAGAAUCAUCACUUUGGCAAAAAUACUGUAUGAAAGCUCUGGUUCAUCAGCAGACAGAAGAGACAAAGCUUCCUGGCUGCACUGAAUUCAGUAGGGCAUAAACUGAUAGUAAAAGACAGCUUCUAUAGAUGUCUACAAUUCCUCUCUGUGUGUUUUAUGAAAUUAAACACAAAACGGAUAGUGCAUACAAUUUUGUAAUGCUCAUAAGCAUAAGCAUGUUAAUUCCUCGGAAAUAAAAUUACACAUUAAAAAUGUACACUUCUUUUAGGAUAUAACAAAAAAUAAUCACCCUGUUGGAUUAUCACUACUGUUGAUCUUGCUGCUACUUCACAUCUUUUCAGAGUUACAAAUACAUUUUUAUCCACUCAUACAUUC